AUGCCUUCCGCUACCUCGCUGCUCGCUGCGUUGGCGGCGUUGACGCCAACCGUCCUGGCCCAGGAUAACUCGUCCUAUCGCGACUACAACACAUGGGCCAACCCCGACUUGUAUCCUCAGACUCUCGCCGGUGUUCAUUAUUCUUUCCCUAGCUGCACAAGUGGGCCACUCAGCAAUACUCUGGUGUGCGACACCUCUGCGAGUGCCCAUGACCGUGCCGCCGCCCUGGUUUCCUUGAUGACCUUGGAAGAGCUCAUCAACAGCACCGGCAAUGUCAUGCCGGCUAUUCCCCGGCUGGGUCUGCCGAAUUACAAUGUGUGGAGUGAAGCUCUCCAUGGCCUGGACAGGGCCAACUUCACUGCCGAGGGCGACUACAGCUGGGCGACCUCAUUCCCGUCACCCAUCUUGACUAUGGCCGCCCUCAACAGGACGCUGAUCAAUCAAAUUGGUGGAAUUAUCUCUACCCAAGGUCGGGCUUUCAACAACGACGGCAGAUAUGGGCUGGACGCUUACGCACCCAACAUCAAUGCCUUCCGACACCCUGUCUGGGGCCGUGGCCAGGAAACUCCCGGUGAAGACGCCUACUGCCUGUGCUCAACAUAUGCAUAUGAGUACAUCACCGGUAUGCAAGGUGGUGUGGAUCCGGAGCACCUCAAGGUGGUGGCAACUGCCAAGCACUAUGCCGGUUACGACAUUGAAAGCUGGAAUAACCAUUCGCGGCUGGGCAACGAUAUGACCAUCACGUCUCAGGACUUGUCCGAGUACUACACACCCCAGUUUUUGACCGCUUCCCGCGAUGCGCGAGUGCACAGUGUGAUGUGCUCUUACAACGCCGUCAAUGGGGUCCCCUCGUGUUCCAACUCGUUCUUCUUGCAGACACUGCUUCGCGACUCAUGGGACUUUGUCGAGGACGGCUAUGUCUCAUCCGACUGCGAUGCUGUAUACAAUGUUUUCAACCCGCAUGAAUACGCAGCCAAUCUCACUAGCGCUGCAGCCGAUUCCUUCAGAGCUGGCACUGAUAUCGACUGCGGUCAGACCUACCCAUGGUACCUCAACCAGACGUUCUUGAACGGUGAGAUCUCUCGCUCAGACAUUGAGCGCGGUGUGAUCAGGUUUUAUGCCAAUCUUGUGCGGUUGGGCUACUUCGAUGGCGAGGACAGCGAGUACCGGAACCUUGAUUGGUCCGAUGUGGUUACGAGCAACGCGUGGAACAUCUCGUACGAGGCUGCGGUGGAAGGAAUUGUGCUUCUGAAAAACGACGGCACGUUGCCACUGACCAAAAAGGCCAAGAGUGUUGCUUUGGUUGGGCCGUGGAGCAACGCUACGACCCAGAUGCAGGGCAACUACUUCGGCGCGGCACCUUACCUCACAAGCCCACUGGCCGCUCUGCAGGCCUCUGAUAUGCAUGUCAACUGGGCUUUUGGCACGGGGAUCUCGUCUGAAUCAACAACUGGGUUUGAUGCGGCCAUCAACGCAGCAAAGAAGUCUGAUGUCAUCAUCUACGCUGGCGGCAUCGACAACACCAUCGAAGCAGAGGCCAUGGACCGUGAGACUAUUACCUGGCCAGGCAACCAACUGCAGCUCAUCCACAAGCUGAGCGAACUCGGAAAGCCGCUGAUCGUUCUCCAGAUGGGCGGUGGACAGGUUGACGGAUCAUCGCUGAAGGCCAACAAGAAUGUUAACGCUUUGGUCUGGGGUGGUUAUCCCGGCCAGGCUGGUGGACAGGCGCUACUGGACAUUAUCACCGGAAAGCGAGCCCCGGCUGGCCGUCUGACGGCGACGCAGUAUCCGGCUGAGUACGCGUUGCAGUUCCCUGCAAUUGACAUGAACCUGCGACCCAGCGGCGACAACCCGGGCCAGACGUACAAAUGGUACACGGGCAAACCAGUUUACGAGUUUGGACACGGCUUGUUCUACACCACUUUCAAGACCGCACUGUCCAGGAUGGAGCCAAAGGGCACGUCGUUCAACAUUGACAAGCUCCUGUCCCGCCCACAUUCCGGCUACAACGUCGUAGAACAGCUGCCAUUCCUCAACUUCACCGUCAGCGUCACCAACACCGGCCAUGUGUCCUCUGACUACACAGCCAUGUUGUUCACCAGCACAAAGGCAGGGCCGAAGCCGCUGCCAAUUAAAUGGCUCAUUGGAUUCGACCGUAUUGGCUCUCUGAAGCCCCAUGAGUCGCAGACCAUGACUAUUCCCGUCUCGCUGGACAACGUCGCUCGUACGGACGAACUGGGCAACCGUGUCGUUUAUCCUGGACAGUAUGAGUUGGCUCUGAACACUGACCGCUCCGUCGUGCUCACAUUUACGUUGACUGGAGAGGAGGCGACUAUUUCCAAAUGGCCGCUGGAGGAGCAGCAGAUUCCUUCUGCGUAA